AUGUCUGCAGGAAUACCAGUGAAACUCUUAAGUGAAGCUCAAGGACACAUCAUAUCGUUGGAGCUGAAUUCAGGGGAGACCUACCGUGGGAAACUAAUAGAGUCUGAGGAUAAUAUGAACGUGCGUCUGAGUGAUAUAACCGUUACGUCGAGAGAAGGUAAGGCUACGCAUCUGGAUAACGUCUUCGUCAGAGGCUCCACGAUCAGAUUCUUUUCGGUACCUGAAAUGCUGAGGAACGCUCCAAUGUUUGAUCCAACACAUACAAAACCGCCUCCUCCAAUACGUGGGCCAAAAAGAAAAUGA